CACCCUAGGUUUGGUAAAUAGCUCCAGUCAGUGGAAAAUUCAGAACCAGAAACACACCUUUCUAGUAACAAAGUCGACCCGGUUCUUUGCAGCCUCCAGUGAAGGGCUGCCCUUGGAGAAACUUUGUGCCUUCUUUAAAGUUUAGAACUGAAUUGAGGCGGGGAGAUCAGCGGGCCUUGCGAUGUCUUCCAGAGCUUUUCGAGUGGGGAGAGAAAAGAGACAAGAUGAAAACGCAGCGUGCAGGGGAGCCCACUGGAGUCCUGCAAGCCUUCUGGCACUGGGGUUCACAGUUUCUUCUAGUAUGACCCUGAUCUGAUCAGUGACCACAAGAAUUGGCUCCUGUGUUUGGCAUUGUAGUGCUGGGGUCUAAUUGCUACCCACCACUGCAGAGCUGUCAUGGCUGCUGCCUCUACUUCCACCCCUCUGAUUUCACAGUCCCAGUUCACAGCCAUGAAUCAACCACAGUGCUUCUACAAUGAGUCUAUCGCCUUCUUCUAUAACCGGAGUGGAAAGUAUCUUGCCACAGAAUGGAACACAGUCAGCAAGCUGGUGAUGGGACUUGGGAUCACAGUUUGUAUCUUCAUCAUGUUGGCCAACUUACUGGUCAUGGUGGCAAUAUAUGUCAACCGCCGCUUCCAUUUUCCUAUUUAUUACUUAAUGGCCAAUUUGGCUGCUGCAGACUUCUUUGCUGGGUUGGCCUACUUCUACCUAAUGUUCAACACAGGCCCCAACACUCGGAGACUGACCGUUAGCACGUGGCUCCUCCGUCAGGGCCUCAUUGACACCAGCUUGACGGCAUCUGUGGCCAACUUACUGGCUAUUGCAAUUGAGAGGCACAUUACAGUUUUCCGCAUGCAGCUCCAUACACGGAUGAGCAACCGGCGGGUGGUGGUGGUCAUUGUGGUCAUCUGGACUAUGGCCAUUGUUAUGGGUGCUAUACCCAGUGUGGGCUGGAACUGCAUCUGUGAUAUUGAAAAUUGUUCCAACAUGGCACCCCUGUACAGUGACUCUUACUUAGUCUUCUGGGCCAUUUUCAAUUUGGUGACCUUUGUGGUAAUGGUGGUUCUCUAUGCUCACAUCUUUGGCUACGUUCGCCAGAGGACUAUGAGAAUGUCUCGGCACAGUUCUGGACCCCGUCGGAAUCGGGAUACCAUGAUGAGUCUUCUGAAGACUGUGGUCAUUGUGCUUGGUGCCUUUAUCAUCUGCUGGACUCCUGGACUGGUCUUGCUCCUGCUAGAUGUGUGUUGUCCACAGUGCGACGUUCUGGCUUAUGAGAAAUUUUUCCUCCUCCUUGCUGAAUUCAACUCUGCCAUGAACCCCAUCAUCUACUCCUACCGGGACAAGGAGAUGAGCGCCACCUUCAGACAGAUCCUCUGUUGUCAGCGCAGCGAGAACACCAAUGGCCCCACAGAGGGCUCGGACCGCUCGGCUUCCUCCCUCAACCACACCAUCCUGGCUGGAGUUCACAGCAAUGACCACUCUGUGGUUUAGAAAGGAACUAAGAUGCGAAGCCAGCUGUCUUCUAUGGAGAGAUGAACGGCCUCCCCCACCCAAUUGCCAGGGUGAGGUGGGGAGUGAGAGGAAGGAAAGAAACUGAUACUUAAACACUAACCAAUGGCAGUAUUUGUUCCUAGACCCCACAGACUUAUGUAUAUCGAAAAUUAGCUUAUGUGACAACCCUCAUCCUGAUCCCCAUUCCUUUCGAAGGUAGAAAGUGGAGUUACUGCAGUGGAAUUGAGGAAUGGACUCUGCAGUGUCCAUUCAGACGACACUAACGAGGCUUGAAAGCUUUCAUGUGGUUUGGUGCAAGUCAGAAUAAAUUCUGACCAACUGAGUCCAUAACUUCAUUUACAUACAGGCUUCUCUUUUUUAUUUUCCAAGAUGCAUUUCAUUUAAUAAACACGUUUAUGUCUAUCAGCAUGUUUGUGACAGAUAAGACUAUAGACUGUUAAACUACCGUAAUUUCAAUUUUUUCCUAUGUAGGAAAAUUGUAAAUUAGAAUUAUUAUUUUUUGUUUAGAAAGCAUGCAUGUAAUGUAUGUAUGCAGUAUGCUUUACUUAAAAAGAUGAAAGAAUACUAAUUUUAAAUCUUCUAGGAAAUAGAAGAACCUAGUUGUCAAAACCAGUAUUUGUUUAGGCUAUGAAAGAAACAAUGUUCUAAUCACAAUAUUACCUUUCUAUUAAAAUGUUGCGAAAAGUAUAAAACGGGAAGAUCAGUUUAUUGCCAAGAGAAUAUGUACUCCAAAAAGUCAUAGAAGUAAUUUUGUUUCUGCAUAUUUAAAAUAUUCAAGUACGUUCUUAUUGCCAGUACAUCAGAGGAAAUUUUUAAUAGUCGACUUUUUUCUGAGUUAUAAAAUAAUACAUACUUGUAUUGUAGAAAACUUGAAAAUUGCAGAAAUGUGUAAGAGGAAAAAUGAUUACCCAUUAUAUCACAAUCCAGAAGUAACAUUAUUUAACAGUUCUCCCAAUAUAGGCCUAUGAGUAUAUUAUAUACUUUUUUAUGUAAUUGGGAUCAUACUGUAAACAGUUUUAAAACUAGCUUUUUAAAUUGCAGAAUUGCCAGAUUUUACUAUGGCAUUAAAAAUUUUAACAAAUAUAAUUUUAGUGGCUAUAUAAUAUUCCAUUUAAUGGAUGCAACUCAGUUCAUUUAACCAGUUCCAUAUUGUUGACUAUUUAGGUUAUUUCUAAUUUUCACUAUAAUAAAGUGGCAAAAAAUUGUGUACAUAAAACUUUGUCCAUAUAAUUGAUUAUUUACUUGGGACCUAUUCCUAUGAAGGAUUUUUUUUUAAAAUGUGAAAUAUCUUCUUAUGCUUUUACCUUUUAUAAAAAGGGAUUUCCUGCUUUUGUACCACAUGGGUAGCAAUUGUGAGGAAAGCCAGUUAAAUUACCUUCUUACAAAAGAAAUGCAGUUGUUACUUUAGUUGAGAGUGAUUUCUAUUAAUAUUAUGAGAUGGAUUAGAAAGUUAUAAUAAUUAAGAUACCCUAAUAUACCUAUCAAUUCCAAAGUUUGCUGAGGAACCAGUUUUUCCUCUUUUGGUGGCCAAAACUGUAAUGUAGAAUUAAAGAAAAUGCAAAGAAAUCAAAUGUGCUGAGUGAAUAAAGGAUUGGUGUGUUGCAUAGCUUGGGCCCUUCUGUCUAUAGCAAAGGGAUUGAGUAUGAACAUAUGUGACUUGGCUACUGUGUAUUCUCCAGGAUUCACCUGCCGCCAUCCUAGGUGAUACCUGUUUAAUACAUUCUCAAGGUCAAGAAGGGAUUGCAUCAGUUUGGUGUAACAAGUGAGAGGAAGUAACAUGAUCUUGAAGCAGGUACGGGGAAGUCAGGAGGACGUCUAAGAGGAAGAACUCCCAAAGAAGACUGACUGUCUAGGAAGGAGGGAGUCUGUGUGUGGUCAGCGCGUGAGAAGGUAGACUUGUAAAGUGCCCACGGUGGAAAGAAUGUGGGGAUCCAGUCAACAGAAAGGUGUUCGCACAUACUUUAUCCAAAAUACAGAACAUCUUAUACUGAAAGGAAAAGAAACGGACUUGAACUUUUACUGAUGUGCCUUUUUUUAUGGAGGAGAUAUGGACUAUUUGAAAUUAAAAGCAUACUAAUUGGA